AUCACCAAUCGAGGAAAACAGAUGGCCGGUGGCGUUAACAAAAUCUCCAUUGCAUUAGAAUUUUUCGAGUACUCGCACACACAAUGCCGGAUAUUAAAAUAACACCAUUAGGCGCCGGUCAGGAUGUAGGCCGCAGCUGUCUACUACUGUCAAUGGGCGGUAAAAACAUAAUGCUUGACUGCGGCAUGCAUAUGGGCUACAAUGAUGAAAGACGCUUCCCAGACUUUUCAUACAUUGUGCCCGAAGGACCAAUUACCAGUCACAUUGAUUGCGUGAUCAUAUCACACUUUCAUCUUGAUCACUGUGGCGCUCUGCCCUAUAUGUCGGAGAUAGUGGGCUACACUGGUCCCAUAUACAUGACUCAUCCGACCAAGGCUAUUGCACCCAUUCUACUGGAAGAUAUGCGAAAAGUGGCUGUUGAACGCAAAGGCGAAUCGAAUUUCUUUACAACACAAAUGAUCAAAGAUUGCAUGAAGAAGGUAAUACCCGUCACAUUACAUCAGAGCAUGAUGGUGGACACAGAUCUAGAGAUUAAGGCCUACUAUGCAGGCCAUGUGCUUGGCGCCGCAAUGUUUUGGAUCAAAGUUGGCUCCCAAAGUGUUGUCUAUACCGGCGAUUACAAUAUGACUCCGGAUCGGCACUUAGGCGCGGCCUGGAUUGACAAAUGCCGACCGGAUUUGCUUAUAACGGAGAGCACAUACGCCACAACAAUACGAGAUUCCAAACGCUGUAGGGAACGAGAUUUCCUUAAAAAAGUACACGAAUGCGUUUUAAAAGGAGGAAAAGUCUUGAUACCAGUCUUUGCAUUGGGACGAGCGCAGGAGCUUUGCAUUCUGCUAGAAACAUAUUGGGAACGCAUGAAUCUGAAAUAUCCCAUCUAUUUUGCACUGGGUCUCACUGAGAAGGCGAAUACAUACUACAAAAUGUUCAUCACUUGGACGAAUCAAAAGAUCCGCAAAACGUUUGUACACCGAAAUAUGUUUGAUUUCAAACACAUAAAGCCCUUCGACAAGGCAUACAUUGAUAAUCCAGGUGCAAUGGUUGUCUUUGCCACCCCAGGCAUGUUGCACGCCGGUCUCUCGUUACAAAUCUUUAAGAAAUGGGCACCGAAUGAGAACAAUAUGGUCAUAAUGCCCGGCUACUGUGUGCAGGGCACAGUGGGCAACAAGAUUCUAGGUGGUGCCAAAAAAGUCGAAUGCGAGAAUCGUCAGAUCAUAGAGGUCAAAAUGGCCGUGGAGUACAUGAGCUUUUCGGCUCAUGCCGAUGCCAAGGGUAUAAUGCAGCUCAUCCAGAACUGUGAGCCCAAACACGUAAUGCUUGUCCACGGCGAAGCUGAGAAGAUGAAAUUCCUGCGAGCCAAAAUUCGAGACGAGUUUAAUUUGGAAACAUAUAUGCCAGCCAAUGGUGAGACCUGUGUAAUCUCUACGCCCGUCAAAAUACCCGUGGAUGCCUCGAUUUCGUUGCUGAAGGCGGAGGCCCGCACCUACAAUGCUCAGCCACCGGAUCCAAAGCGUCGUCGCCUCAUACACGGCGUCCUGGUGAUGAAAGACAAUCGCAUUAUGCUACAAAAUCUGACUGAUGCCCUCAAAGAGAUUGGCAUUAAUAGACAUGUGAUGCGUUUCACAUCAAAGGUCAAAAUGGAUGAUCCAGGACCAAAGUUGCGCACCAGCGAGAAGCUGAAAACGCUGUUGGAAGAGAAGCUGAUUGGCUGGAACGUAAUGCUACAGGAGAGCGGCAUUAUAACCGUAGAGACCGUUGAGAUCAAUGUGGAGGAGGACGAAAAAGAUCCCAAGCAAAAGACUAUACUAAUUACUUGGACUAACCAGGAUGAAGACAUUGGCGCUUACAUAUUGAAUGUUCUGCAGAAUAUGUGCUAAAAUUAGUUAAGGAACAAAACGGCCAGUCUAAUCAGAUUUCUGAUCGAGCCUUAACGUGUUCAGCACGAUUCCAUAGCUUUUAAGCAACAAGUUAAUUGUAAUUGUGGUUUUUGAAGUUAUCUAAAAUACAUUUAACACC